CUCAGAAGAAGCCGAGUCCACCACUCUGCCCCGCGCAUGCGCCCGCCUCGCCCCGUUCUUCCGUCCGUCAGUCAGUCAGAAGGGAGGGAGGAGCGGAGCAGGCCUUGCUUGCGGCACUGGCGGAGGUACUUCAGGAAAAGAGUGACCUUUACAUUGCUUACCUUGGAAAUUAUCAUCUGAGAGUUUCUGCAAGAGCCAGUUCAGGAGCCAAUGCAAAAAGCACAUCCCAGAAUUUCUCAGCCCCUGAGUGUGUGAAACAUUUCCUGUGGAUCGGAAAAGAGUUGUAUGAUGACAUGGUGCUGAGUCUUCCCAUUUCCAGCUGAGCUCUGGAAUGGCCAGCCAGAAAACAGAAGUUCAGACUUUGAUAUUAUAUAAUGAUUCAAUGAUAGAGGGAAUAAGUGACCAAGUUCUGCUGGCAGUCGUGCUGGGCUUCACAUUCAUUGCUGCACUGACAUAUAUACUUUUCAGAAAUGGACAUCCGGAUAUUCAUCCAGAAAAUCAGGAACUAGUGAGAGCUGUUAGACAGCAAAUACAAUCAGAGCAGGACAAUGCAGUUAGCGACAGACAGCGUUUCUACACUGAUAUGUCCUGCCCAGUAUGUCUGCAACAGGCUACUCUUCCCACUGAAACAAACUGUGGACAUCUUUUCUGUGGUCCCUGCAUUAUUGCAUAUUGGAGGUGUGGAUCAUGGCUAGGUGCAAUACAUUGCCCCAUCUGCAGACAAACGGUGACUUUAUUUUUACCACUCUUCACUGAGGGGCAUGAAGAUGCUACACAAGUGCUUCAGGAUGUCAAUGAUUAUAACAGGAGAUUCUCGGGACAGCCAAGAUCAAUUAUGGAAAGAAUUAUGGAUUUGCCGACACUAUUGCGCCAUGCAUUCAGAGAAAUGUUUUCCGUCGGCGGUCUCUUCUGGAUGUUCCGCAUCAGGAUAUUCCUCUGCCUUCUGGGAGCUUUGUUGUACCUGGCAUCUCCCUUGGAUUUUCUACCUGAAGCUCUGUUUGGAAUUCUGGGAUUUUUAGAUGAUUUCUUUGUGGUCUUUCUGCUACUCAUAUAUAUAUCUAUCAUGUACCGAGAGGUGGUAACUCAGAGGCUGAAUCGAUGAAGACAAGUGUCAGUGAGUAAUAUUCAGGACCAUUAAGGGCAGGGGUGUUUUGCUAAAUGAGCCACUAUGAAGAAAAGCAUCUUGACACACUUUCAGUUUCUGCUGUUCAAUCGCUCCUAGCCAAACAUCUUAUGCAAGCAUGAAGAAUUGAAAUCAUGGUGAUUAGCGAACUGGAAUUUCAGUGUGUGUUAUAUAAACGAGACUUAAUUCAAUAUAUAAUACAUGCCUACAUAUGUUUACAGCAGAUGAGUAUUUGUAUAUUAGUCAAGGUACUGAUAGUUUUUAAAAGGGAUUUCUUUGGGAAUGUUUAACAAGAAUAGUAUUUGAAUGAGCUGGAUACGUACUUAAGGCUCUGUUCAAUGUAUACUUUCAUAUUCAGUGUACACUUUUAAAGACUCCUUCGUUUUUCACCAUGGGCAUGAGAGGUUGUUUGUUCAUUUGAAUAAAAAAGUUCGACGUCUUUGCCUGCACA